AGCGUGAUCUAAGCUGGCGCAUACAAUUUUUCAAAAUGGCGGGGUCACACUCACAGCAACGAAUUCCAACGUCACAGCAAGUGCCGCUGCCUUCAUCAAUGUCAAUCGCCACUGUAACAAACCACUGGGAAGUUCAAUACGCUCGAUUCAUCCUCUGUCCAACUUCUCCACAUUCCACUCAUUCCUCUCUCAUCUCACUUUCUUCACUCGGUAGCAAGUACGUUAAAAGACGCAAAUGGAUCUCCUCUGCUUCUGUCGUUUCUCUCAAACUACGCGCUAAUAGCUUUGGUUCCAAUCGCGGUUUCAUCCUCGUUGUUUCUCUUCGUGGCAGAAUCCUUGAAGAACAUUACAUUUCACAGUUGAUGUUCUCAUGGCCUCAAGUCUCUUGUGUAUCAGGUUUUCCAGCAAGAGGAAGUAGAGCUGUCCUCGUGAGCUAUAGGGAUUCUGUUGGCCAGAUUCAGAAAUUCAUCCUGCGGUUUUUGACAAACUACGAGAUAGAGAAUUUCAUGAAUGUUUUAAAGGGAAAGUUGGACAAUACAAGAUCUGAAGCUCUUCCAUGUGUUGAAUUGGAUUCAGCAAUAUCUUCUCAAUCUGAGUUCAUUCCUUGGGAUGGAUCUUCACACAGGGACAAUGAAGGAUGGAUAUGUGCAGCUUCAGGUGACUCUACUCCCGAUCACAUGCCUCUGACCUUGCCACCUGAAUUUUCUCAAGAUUCUUAUAAUACAGAGGAAAUGAAACAAAGUAGCAAAGCUGAGGAGAUUCUUUCAGCUUUUCCUCCCAGUUUCACAUCCUUCUUGACGAACUGCUGCCCUGAAAUUGAUCAAGCUGCUGUACAGUCAAGUAUGACGAAAGAUAUUGACCUCAAAGACCAAAUUGCGAAAUAUCUUGAAGAUUCUUCAUUCCAAGAUAUGCUGGUGAAAAUUGAGAAAGUCAUCCAUGAAUUGGGAGAUAAUACAGUACUGUAGCUGCACCAAAAGGCCGAGAUAUAUAAAAAUCAUAGCUGGGUUUCCUCUUAAUUCUUGAAACAAUUUCAUUUUCUUUUGCAAUUUACUCAUAAGCUUCAUCAAAACAACCAAACACUGGACCAUUUUUCCCGUGAAUUGUUGGUUUGAAGCAUUUAGAUUAGCUAUCUCGAGUAGAGUUGGAAAGUACAAAAGUGUGAUUUCUUUUCAGACAAAAUUUUGCUUUGUACAUAUUGUUUAAUUUGUUGCAGAUGAGCAACCUACACCUCUCAUGCACCAUUUGUAUGUUUGUUAUAUUAGUUCUAUGAGCUUCUUGGUAAAAUUUAGGGUUUGGGGGGGGGGAGGG